GGUUCUUAUAGAGGAAGCUAGCUAAAACGAAAGUAGGGUUUUUGUUUUGAGGGUGGGGUUUUUGUUUCACUGACAAAGUUGGGUUCUUGGUAGUGGAAUUUGAACUGAGGAGCCUUUUGACUUAGGAAUUUUGAGAGGGGAAGGGGAAGGAUGGGGAUGGGUGCUGACUUGCAUAAUACUUUGAGGAGCCUCUGCUUCAGUACUGAUUGGAACUAUGCUGUUUUCUGGAAGCUUAAAUAUCGUGCUCGCAUGGUGCUAACUUGGGAAGAUGGCUACCAUGAAAGUUGUGAGCAACAUGAUGCCUUUGAGAGCAAAUGCUUCGGUCAGACACAAGAAAAAUUGCAUGGUGGGAAUUAUACUCGUGACCCGCUUGGAUUGGCUUUGGCAAAGAUGUCGUAUCAUGUAUACUCUCUAGGGGAAGGGAUAGUUGGGCAGGUGGCAGUCAGUGGAAAGCAUCAGUGGAUCUUUGCUGAUAAAUAUGCUGCAAGUUCCUUCUCAUCACAUGAGUUCUCUGAUGGCUGGCAAAGUCAGUUUUCUGCUGGGAUCAAGACCAUUGUUGUUGUUGCUGUUGUGCCAUAUGGAGUUGUACAGCUUGGCUCUUCGAAUAAAGUUAUUGAGGAUGUUAAUUUGGUGACACAUAUCAAAGAUGUCUUUUUCACCCUUCAAGAUUCCUCAGUCAGGCAUGUUAGUGGUCCAUUACAACAUUGUCUGAAGAAUGCAUUAUGUCCGAAAACAGCAGCUGGAUUGAGAAAUAAACAACAAGGGCUUGAAAUAUUGACACCAACAAAUGAUGAAAGCAUCAAAUUACUUCAUCUGAGAUCAAAUGCCUCCUAUUUGGAUCACCAGAGUCAACUAGGGAUGAAUAUAAUUAGUGACCAGAUGUACAGAGGGGAGACCAAUGUCUGGAAAGAUCCGGACCGGAGAUCAGAACACAGUGUGACUAUGCAUUCAAAUAGUUUUAUGAAGGACAAAGUUAAUCCAUCUGAUCUUAUACUUCCAAAUGAAAAGCUUGGAGCUGACCUUGCAGGCAUCCCUGCAGACCUCUUUGACACUACCAUCUGUGAUAGAGAUAAGUCUGAUGGCACCAAUCUCUACCCAAAAUUAGUGUUGGAUGCACCUGAAUCUUCAAACAUAACAUUCAAAAAGGAUUUGGAGAAGAAGCUAUCAACUCAUUUCAAUGCAUCAGACACUUUUUUUAAGUUCUCUGGUGGUAGUGAGUUGCUCGAAGCUCUAGGACCGUCUUUUGUCAACAGAUGCAUGCCCUUUGAUUAUCAAGCAGGAAAGAGUGAAGCUGUAAAUGGUUUCGAGAUGCCAGAGGGGAUGAGUAGCAGCCAGAUGACAUUUGACUUUGGCACAGAGAACCUUUUAGAAGCAGUAGUAGGCAAUGCUUGCCAUAGUGGCAGUGAUGUUAAAAGUGAGAAGUCAAGUUGUAAGUCAGUGCAGUCUUUAUUAACGGUUGAGAAAAUUCCAGAGCCUUCUAUCCAGACCAAGCAUAUCUUCAAUUCAGCAGGCUAUUCAAUUAACCCAUCUUCUGUUGUUGAAGAGGAUGCACAGAAUUUCUCUAACUCAACAGAAGUUUUUGGUGGAAUGUCUUCUAAAGGGUUUUUGUCAACUUGUACAAGUAUCUGUGCUGAGCAGUUGGAUAAGCAUGCAGAACCAGCUAAGAACAGCAAAAAAAGGGCUAGACCAGGUGAAAAAUUCAGGCCUCGGCCAAGGGACAGGCAACUGAUCCAAGAUCGCAUCAAGGAGCUGAGAGAGCUUGUGCCCAGUGGAUCGAAGUGCAGUAUAGAUUCGUUGCUGGAGCACACAAUCAAGCAUAUGCUCUUUCUAGAAAGCAUUACAAAGCAUGCUGACAAGCUCAAUAAAUGUGCUGAACCGAAGAUGCAUCAGAAGGGAACCGAUGCCUCCAAAUAUGAACAGGGUUCGAGCUGGGCAGUGGAGGUGGGCGGCCAUCUAAAGGUCUCAUCAAUAAUAGUAGAAAAUCUAAACAAAAACGGACAGAUGCUUGUAGAGAUGUUAUGCGAGGAAUGCAAUGAUUUUCUUGAGAUAGCAGAAGCUAUCAGAAGUUUAGGCCUGACAAUAUUGAAAGGAAUCACAGAAGUGCAUGGUGAGAAGACAUGGAUAUGUUUCGUGGUUGAGGGGCAGAACAACAGAACUAUGCAUAGAAUGGAUAUCUUAUGGUCACUUGUGCAAAUAUUGCAGCCCAAGACUACAAACUAACCAAGAAGAAAGGCCGGUCGACUCCUGCUGCUUGUCAUACUGUUCCUGUGUAAAAUAGUGAAUGAUUUGUGAUCUUUGAUUGACCUUUAUUUUUUAUUGCGUGUUUCAAUUCCUGUUUGUAUCCCCACUUCCAAAAAAUCUAAAGUGGGGAGGAGGAAAAAGAAGCUAAUAUUGUUGGAAGAGGCUUCUAUUUUCUCGGCUGAGAAUUUGUGGAUUGAUUUCUUAUUUCCAAGCCAGACAGACCUAUCAUUUGUUUGCAAAUUCCUUCGUGUAAUAAUAUAGCGAGCUAUUGCCAUUGUUUGGCUUCCC